GCUUGAUCAGUUCUAGGAUGAUGGCCUGCGCUGGGUUCUCCGUGUGACCUUGGCACCGUCCUGACCUACAGACUGGUUUGCGCGUAACCACACGCGCCCGGUGAAAUGCAUAAGAAGGCGGAUCCACCGCGUGUUUCGUCGAGUCGUUCCGAUAUCCCUGGGCCCCGCAACGGAAGUCCUCGAUUGACCAAGCGAAUUCAUCAUGGGUGGUGGCGCCGUCGUAGCAUCGAGUAGUCGUCGUAGGACGUUGGCCGGGCAGUCUGGCUUCGCGGGGUUGGUGCACAAUCGCAAGAUCUUCGCAAUUGCCGUCUUCGCGUCUCUGGGUGGCAUGCUUUAUGGAUACAACCAGGGUGUCUUCUCAAGUGUACUGACAAUGUAUACAUUCGACCAGCGGAUGGGAGAUGCCGUCACGAACACAAAUACGAAAGGCUGGCUCGUGUCUAUACUCGAGCUCGGCGCUUGGUUCGGUGUGCUCUGUACAGGUUACCUUGCUGACAAGCUCGGGCGGAAGCACUCUAUCGUUCUCGCUGUCAUCAUCUUCUGCGUUGGUGUCAUUGUUCAGGACACGGCAUACAAGCCCUCGUCGAUAUUUGCAGGCCGGUUUAUCACCGGUUUGGGUGUCGGUUCGCUGAGUAUGUCUGUGCCUCUCUACAACGCCGAGCUCGCACCGCCAGAAGUCCGUGGUAGUCUUGUCGCGCUCCAGCAAUUGGCGAUCACGUUCGGAAUUAUGAUAUCCUUCUGGAUCGACUACGGCACGAACUACAUCGGUGGAACGACCGACACGCAGUCCGAGGCUGCAUGGCGUCUCCCGAUCGCACUUCAGCUAGUGCCCGCGCUCAUCCUCGGUGCUGGUAUCCUCUUCAUGCCAUUCUCGCCGCGUUGGCUCGUGAACCAGGGUCGCGACGAGGAGGCCCUCAUGGUCCUCAGCCGCGCAAGAGGUCUUCCGCCCAACUCAGAGGUCGUCCAGAUUGAGUUCCUCGAAAUCAGGGCUCAGUACCUGUUCGAGAAGGAGACGUCUGAGAUGCAAUUCCCUCAGUACCAGGAUGGGUCGUGGAAGUCGAACUUUAAGCUCGGCCUGCUCGGUUACUGGAGUCUGAUCCGGACGCCCUCCCUCCUGCGCCGUGUGAUGAUCGGCAGUCUGACCAUGUUCUUCCAACAAUGGACGGGUGUCAACGCCAUUCUCUACUACGCACCAACCAUCUUCCAGUCCCUCGGCCAGACCGGUAACACGGUGAACCUCCUUGCGACAGGAGUUGUGGGUAUUGUGAUGUGGGUUGCGACUAUCCCUGCUGUUCUCUGGGUCGAUAAGGUCGGCCGAAAGCCCGUCCUGGUCUCCGGUGCACUCCUCAUGGCUGCGUGCCACCUCAUUAUUGCGGUUCUCACAGGUCUCUACCAGCACUCAUGGCCUGAACACAAGGCGGCAGGCUGGGCUGCUUGCGCUAUGGUCUGGGUGUUCUCCGCAGGAUUUGGCUACAGCUGGGGCCCUUGCUCAUGGGUUGUCGUUGCAGAGAUCUGGCCACUCUCGGUGCGUGGCAAGGGCAUGUCGAUAGCGUCGUCCUCGAACUGGAUGAACAACUUCAUCGUGGGGCAAGUCACGCCUACGAUGAUGAAGAACAUCACCUUCGGCACCUUCGUGUUUUUCGGGUCGUUCACGUUCCUUGGGGCUCUAUUCAUCGCAUUCUUUGUGCCGGAGACGAAGGGCCUCACGCUCGAAGAGAUGGACGACGUCUUCGGUUCGGAGGGCCUCGCUGCUGCGGAUACGGAGCGGCAGCUCGCGAUCGAGAAGCGUCUCGGACUCGACCAAUACGCCUACGUCGGGUCGGACGCGGACAGCUCGGAGAAGCAGGAGAUCCACAUGAAUCAGAAGGUUUAGGGGUUUGUCAUGAUCUGCUACGAUCCAGCACCGGAUAUCGGCGCUGUGUAACGACACUGUUCUUCUAUCAGCGACUAUUCGUUUCGGCUGCGAUGUACUCACUACUGUAUCAUACCAAGGCUGUUGAUUGUAUUCUUUUUUGCUGCCGCCUUUCGCGCUAUCCAGAGGUUAUGCAUUGACAUAUCCGAGCCACCUCCGGGUGCGACAAAACGGCUCUGUGAUGAGAAGUGCAGGAGAAAGCAGUGAUUCACCAUUCUCAGUUCAUGAAGUUUCCAUAACGUUAACAGCAACGGACAAAAAGGAUUCG